UUAAAUAGUGAAUAAUUUUGUAAUAAUUGUAUUAAAUAAUGUUACGCAAAGUUCCAUUAAUUGUUAUUUUGGGUUCUACCGGUACCGGUAAAACGAAAUUAUCAUUGGAAUUGGCUGAACGUUUUGGUGGCGAAAUUAUCAGUGCCGAUUCAAUGCAAGUUUAUGCUAAUUUGGACAUUGCUACGGCCAAAGCUACCAAAGAAGAACAAUCCCGUGCUAAACAUCAUCUAUUGGAUGUAGCUUCGCCCGCCGAGCCAUUUACUGUGGUGCACUUCCGCAACAAGGCAUUGCCAAUU